AUGGAGCACGUUCGAGGCCUGCGGCUACCUGGCUGCCUGGCCCUGGCUGCCCUGUUUAGCCUUGUGCACAGCCAGCAUGUGUUCCUGGCCCCUCAGCAAGCACUGUCGCUGCUCCAGCGGGUCCGACGUGCCAACAGUGGCUUCCUGGAGGAGAUGCGCCAGGGCAACCUGGAGCGGGAGUGCGUGGAGGAGCUCUGCAGCUACGAGGAGGCCUCUGAGGCCCUGGAGGCCCCCAAUGCCUUGGAUAUAUUCUGGGCCAAGUACACAGCUUGUGAGUCGGUGAGGAAACCUCGAGAAAAGCUCAUUGCAUGUCUGGAAGGUAACUGUGCCGAGGGUCUGGGUAUGAACUACCGAGGGAAUGUGAACUUCACCCGGUCGGGCAUCGAGUGCCAACUAUGGAGGAGUCGCUACCCACAUAAGCCUGAAAUCAACUCCACCACCCAUCCUGGGACUGACCUGCGGGAGAAUUUCUGCCGCAACCCCGACGGCAGCACGACGGGGCCCUGGUGCUACACUACAGACCCCACUGUGCGGAGGGAGGAAUGCAGCAUCCCUGUCUGUGGCCAGCAGCGCGUCACUGUGGAGAUGACCCCGCGCGCUGGAGGCUGCAGGGUGAACACUUCACCUUCGUCGGAGCAGUGCAGGGUGAACAAGUCACCUGCAUCGGAGGAGUGCAUCCCCGAGCGGGGCCGGCAGUACCAGGGGCGCCUGGCGGUGACCACACAAGGGUCCCCCUGCCUGGCCUGGGCCAGCGCACAGGCCAAGUCCCUGAGCAAGGACCAGGACUUCAACCCAGAGGUACGGCUGGUGGAGAACUUCUGCCGCAACCCAGACGGGGAUGAGGAGGGCGCCUGGUGCUACGUGGCGGGGCAGCCUGGCGACUUUGAGUACUGCGACCUCAACUAUUGCGAGGAGGCCUUGGACGAGGAGGCAGGAGACGGGCUGGGCGAGGAGCCGGAUGCAGCCAUCGGAGGGCGCACCACCGCCAAGGAGUUCCAGACCUUCUUCAACGAGAAGACCUUCGGCUCCGGGGAGGCAGACUGUGGGCUGCGGCCUCUGUUCGAGAAGAAGUCGCAGGAGGACAAAACGGAAAACGAGCUUUUCGAAUCCUACAUCGACGGGCGCAUCGUGGAGGGCUGGGAUGCACAGAUUGGCAUAGCGCCCUGGCAGGUGAUGCUUUUCCGGAAGAGUCCCCAGGAGCUGCUGUGCGGCGCCACCCUCAUCAGUGACCGCUGGGUCCUCACGGCUGCCCACUGCCUCCUGUACCCACCCUGGGCCAAGAAUUUCACUGUGAACGACCUUCUGGUGCGCAUUGGCAAGCACUCACGCACCAGGUAUGAGCGAAACAUUGAGAAGAUCUCCAUGCUGGAAGAGAUCUACAUCCACCCCAAGUACAACUGGCGGGACAACCUGGACCGGGACAUCGCUCUGCUGAAGCUCAAGAAGCCCAUAGCCUUCAGCGACUACAUUCACCCUGUGUGCCUGCCUGACAAGGAGACAGUGGCCAGCUUGCUCCAGGCUGGAUACAAAGGGCGGGUGACAGGCUGGGGCAACCUGAAGGAGACAUGGACAAACCAUGCUGAUGAGUUGCAGCCCAAAGUGCUGCAGGUGGUGAAUCUGCCCAUCGUGGAGCGGCCGGUCUGCAAGGCCUCCACCCGGAUCCGCAUCACCGACAACAUGUUCUGUGCUGGUUACAAGCCCCAUGAGGGGAAACGAGGAGAUGCUUGUGAAGGCGACAGUGGGGGACCCUUUGUCAUGAAGAAUCCCUCUAACAACCGCUGGUAUCAAAUGGGCAUCGUCUCAUGGGGUGAAGGCUGUGACCGGGAUGGGAAAUAUGGCUUCUACACACAUGUGUUCCGCCUGAAGAAGUGGAUACAGAAGGUCAUUAAUCAGUUUGGAGGUUAGGGGGCCACCCACAUUCUGGGCUAUUCACUAUAAAAUCCAUUGAAAUAAUUAUUUUUGUGGUUUGUUUCUAAAACUAUAG